AUGUCUACUUUAUCUUUAGUUCCAACCCAAGCUGUUGUUUACGCUGCUUCAAACGUCUCAACUAAUGGUUCUGCUGCUUCAAACGGUACUUCAGGUGGUGCUGCUUCAAACGGUUCCUCAAACGGUUCCUCAAACGGUUCAUCAGGCUCAUCAUCAUCAUCAUCAGGUGCUGUCUCAUACUCAAUGAACCCAAUCUCAUGGAAAUACGGUGUCGCUAUUGGUGCUUUAGUUGCCUCUCCAUUCAUCUUAUCUGCUAGUAUCUAA